CGAGUCGACUGUAGUUCUUUGAGGAGUCAAGUUGCUACUUGAUUUGUUCACAUUGAUGUUUGCGAGGCAGGGUUUAGUGAAUGUGCAUGCAUGUGUUGGGUGAGCGUUUUAUUGUUGUUGUUGUUGUUGUUGUUGUUGUUUGCAUCUGUAUAUGAGUGGGUACAUGUUUGAGUAUCUUUGCCAUGUCGACGUCCGGAACGCUAACUAGUUACUACGUAGAUUCACUAAUCCUGCCCGAGAGUGAGGAGCUCACUGCGCCCCGAUACCCUUCUGCUCCGGGGGGGCUACAACAGUCAAGGCAGUCCGCCUCCAUCAACGACCACAAUGAUAUUGGGACCUGCACGUUUUCCACCAAAGCUUCGGUAUUCAGCCCGUCUUGGAGUCAUGUCCAGGCGCCGUUCCCGGGCUCCGUGUAUCACCAUCACUACGGGCACCACCAGGGCUCGGUCAGCGGAGACAGCGAUGCUCGCUACAUGCAGUCCUGGCUCCUCGAGCCCAUGUCCGGCUGCUUGCCCAUGUCCGGAUUACAAGCGAGCCACAAUUACGGGAUCAAACCGGAGGGUCUCGCAGCCAGAGGCGACGGUGCGCUCCCCGGUUCCCACACGGCGCUGCUGCUCUCCGAUUACGCCAACGGGACGGUGGCGACAUCGCCGGUAGAAAAGGACGCACCACCGCUCCAGGGAGGGGACAUUAAGGGCGAAGGAGACGUCAAACCGGCCCUCGAUCCAAAUAACCCCGUGUCCAACUGGCUCCACGCAAGUGCCACGAGAAAAAAGCGCUGUCCGUAUACCAAGCACCAGAUCCUGGAGUUGGAGAAAGAGUUCCUCUUUAAUACGUACCUGACGCGGGAACGUAGGUAUGAGGUGGCCAGGCAGCUAAACCUCACCGAGAGACAGGUUAAAAUAUGGUUCCAGAACCGUAGGAUGAAGAUGAAGAAGUUUAACAAAGACGGCAGACCGAAAGAUGAAUAACACGAACAAUAUAUUCUGCAGCAUGGGCUACUACGGCUUGAUGCGCUAAAGCUCUAUCCUCUGCUGGACCAUCUUUUUUAAACAUCUUUGUUAUUGUUUAUUUUUUGCCCACAACAAAAGCUGUUAGGCAUAUUUGUCUUAUAAAAAAACGCAUGUCGGUUUUAAAUGUAAUGCAACUGCCUAUAUUGCACAAUUUGACCAGUGCCCGUUUGUUGAUUAUGUUGGAAUCUCGAGUCGUGUGUUAGUUGGCCUUGCCCCUGUGUUAGUUGUAUGGAUGUUUAUAGGUGUGAAUGUGUGUGUGUGUUCACUGGUUUGUAGCUAUUUGUUGUCUAACUCAAUGUCACUGAGCGUAGUUUGUAGAGUGUAACUAAUUUUAUUGAUGUAUGACUCUUAUUGAUAGUGCUGCUGUUGGAAGAACUGCAGUUUUAAUUUAACAUCUGGAAAUCAGAAUAAUCGCAUUAGAUGCAUCGGCCUUUUAAGCAUAAUUCCAAUACAGUUAUUAAUUGCUACAGGCUAUAGAACUAUAAUCUUCUUUUUGACUGCCUAAAUGUCCAACUACCUACAAUAACCUAUUUUUUUGCCAGCGAUAUGUGCUUGCAUUAGAUAAUGACCAAUGACUGAAUUUCAGGGAGUAAUAGUAUUUGGAAAGGAUAUACUAUUUGUUAGAGGGAAGGAAACACUGUAGUGUAAUUAAUAAAUACCUCAUGGUCUGAUGACCCUUCAGAUUUUUUUUUAUUUGGUUCACAAAUGUAAUUUGUACUUUAUUUAUUGAAUAAAACAAAUUAGAUCUGCGAAUACAUUCCCAUCGCAUCUCCAAGCCCUGUCGUGUAUAGUUACUUUUGUCGUCACCUAAUCCGACACACAAUGCUCUACUUUGGCUAUAAGCUAACUUGAAUAUUAUUUUAAUGAUGAGAGUAUGUUUAAAAAUGCUAUGCUAAUCGCUGUGCAUGCUUGUGUUUUCGUGUGUGCUGUGUGUGUGUGUGUGUGUGUGUGUGUGUGUGUGUGUGU